CACAGAUCGAUCUCUCAAAUCGAACCGAGAUGAGUGAUUCAGACGAGGAGAAGAUGGCGAUCCCCCAACUGCAGCCUAUACGCCAGCGGCGAAGGCCGCCUCACUCAAAGAGGAGGGAUUCCAGGGCUUCAGCGGAGAUGAAUUCGACUUGGGACAACCAGGAGAUGAUGAUUUUGAAGCAGGCAGCGGCGAAUAAGGGUGUAAAGCAGAUGGCAUCAACUGCGUAUUUGAGUGAGUCAGAAGAGGAGGCGAUGAUUAUGGCUCAAGAGCAAUCUAUUCGUUUCCUCAAGGAAGUCACAGACACCGACCUCGAGAUUGAAGGCAGCCUGCGGCGAAAACCUCCUCAUCUGGCUCGGAGAUCUUCCAGGGAUUCAAGUCUGUUGCCAAAGAUGAUGUGGUACAAACCGCAGAAUAGAUUGUUUAUGAACAUGGAGGAGUCUGAUCGCGCCCACGAUGAACUUUUACUCUUUCUCGAUAGUCUUUUGAAGGCCAAGGAGGAGGCCAUUGUUUUGCAGCAACCAUCGCAGGGCCUCGAGAUACAAAACUAAUUUCUACUCUUUCGUUUGUUUUGGUGCUGAUGCUCCACUGAGAUUUCAAAAUGUUUGUUUUUGGGUCUUGUGAACCGCCCAUUUAAUUAUUGGACAUGUUGUUGUAUCUUGUAAUUGUUACUGAUCGAUCAGAUUGAGACAGUUUGACAAAUGUUACUAAUCGAUUUAUGUCUCCAUUGACUUUUGGCCAUAUCUAUUAAUAAUAACAAUCUCAAU